AUGAGUAGAUAUAGUAGUAAGGAUAACCUUCCGUUUUUAAGGCAAAUGCAUGAUGUAUUUCUUGAUAACGAAAGACGAUCGAAGAAAGAAGCAAAUACCCGCGAAAAAGAGGUGAGACAAAAAGCACGCGAGGAAGCAAGGGGUUGGGAAAAAAGUAUCGGGAAAGAAGAGGCACGUCGUCGCGGUGUGAUUAUUCGUGAAAGGGCAGCAGAAAAAAAACGCGUUCGCGAAGAGAAAAAACAAGCCGGCAGGGAAAAAAUCCGUCUCCGAGAUUUGGGCGAGACGAUUAUCCAACGGGAACGUAGGCUUCGUAGGAACGAGCGCGAAAGAACAAGACGUAGGAAAAAAAGGGAAGCCGAAGUAAGAUAUUUAGAGUUGACGCCAAUCCAAGAAGCUUCGGCAAUACGUGGUAUGGUAGAAAAAUACAGGAUCGAACCGAGAACUGCUUUCGAUGUGUUAACGUUUAUGGAACUUGUCAAACCAAGAGUUCGGGAACUUUUGGAUGGAUUACGUGGAAAUAGGUCGAGAAAUAUUAGGUUGGAAUUAAUUUGUUUGAUGGGAAAGGAAUUGGGCGAUGGAAGAGAGGAGUUGAAGGAGGCAAGUUUUAUAACGGGAAAUUAUAAACUUCACGGUAUCGACACGUUGACGGAUGAGAUUUGGGAACAAAUGAAGGAAAAGAUUCUGUUAGAAUUUUCUCGUUAUCAAAAGGUGGAAGUAAUUAUGUUUUGAAAAGAGUUCAGCGUUUGUAUAUACACGUUGGAAAAUUUAUUCCGUUCAAGGGAAAGGGAUGUACGGAUUCUCUUCCGGAUUUUAUAAGAAAAAAGCAUGCAUUGAUCAAUAUGAAAAAUACAGACGACGAAUGUUUUAAAUGGGCAGUAACCCGUUUUUUAAAUCCGGUGAAAAAAAAUUCCGAGAUAAUUUCAAAGAAACUUCGUGAACAGGCGGAGAAUUUAAACUGGAAAAAUGUUGUGUUUCCGACACCGGUUAAAGGAAGAUCAAUCAUUAGUUUUGAAGAAAACAACGGUGUGAAUAUCAAUGUGUUUUCGUGGGAUGAAACCGACGGUUUUCAUCCGAUAAGGAUCAGUAGAUCUUAUUCGUCGGGUGGGACAACCGUGAUUCGGCUUUUUCUAUGGGACGAACAUUAUUAUGUCGUGAAGAAUAUGUCGAGAUUGAUCAGGUCUCAGGUUACAAAAAAUGAGCAUGCAAAGUAUUUUUGCGAUAAGUGUCUGAAUGGAUUUGGGCGCGAGGAUCUUUUGAAGAAACACCUGGAAUUAUGUUUGAACGAGAACGGAAAAAAUGUGGGUAAGUAUCCCGAUAAGGGAUCGGUCUGUGAGUUUAAUGGAGUAAGAAGGACACAAAUUCAUCCGUUCGUAAUCAGUGCGGAUACGGAAUCUUUUUUGAAGAAAAAAGAAAAGGUCGGAAGAAUUAAUAGGAAAAAAUUAAAAGGUACGGGAAGGAAACAUUUACACGAUCACGUUAUGAAUUCCUAUUGUUUUCAUACUGUGAGUACGAACGAAGAUAGAAUGAAGUCGGAAACGGUUCGGAAAACAUCGGUUCACGAAUUACAAUGUAUAUCGGAUAGGUUUGUAGACGAUCUUGUUGCAAAGGUACGCAAAUUUUUUAGAAAUACCCACGAUCCACUUCCCAUGGAGGAAAUGACCGAGGAUUUUAAAAAAUCUCAUCAAUCGGAGACGAGGUGUUAUACAUGCCAUCGUGAAUUUGUCGGGGAAAGUGAUGAUAUUCCAGAAGUUCGUAAGGUACGAGAUCAUUGUCAUUUUACGGGAAAAUACCGAGGAGCCGCAUGUAACGAAUGUAAUCUAGAAAUGCAGGCACCGGGGUUUGUUCCGGUUUAUUUUCAUAAUCUCGAGGGAUACGAUGCACAUUUAAUUAUUCGUGCACUUGCAAGGAUUCCGGGUAGGUUUAAGAGUAUUUCAAAAACGGAACAGAAUUAUAUUUCUUUUUCAAAGAUAAUUCAGGUAGGUCCGUUUACGGAUAAGGAAACGGGAGAAAAAUAUAACAAGGGAGUGGAAAUUCGGUUUUUAGAUUCGUGUAAGUUGAUGCAAUCAUCGUUAGAAAAACUAGCGGGCGGAUUGAAAAAAGAGACGGAUUUUAUUCAGUUGGAUCGUUACUGUGACAAAAUGGGUUACACGAAGAUUCAGCGAGAUUUAUUAAAACAGAAAGGUGUUUAUCCUUACGAGUACAUGGACUGUCACGAAAAGCUCGACAGGAGUCGUCUUCCACCGAAAAGAUUUUUUUACAACGGAUUAAAAAUGGAAGAUGUGACGGACGAGGAAUACGAACGCGCUAAAAAAGUAUGGAAGACGUUCGGAAUGAAAAGCAUGCUGGAUUAUCACAAUCUGUAUUUGGUAACGGACACGUUAAUUUUAUCGGACGUGAUCGAAAAUUUUCGGAAGGAAAGUCGCGUAACGUACGGGUUGGAUUCACCGUGGUAUUACACGGCUCCGGGACUUUCGUGGGAUGCAGCAUUAAAAAAGACUAGAAUCAAAUUAGAGUUGAUUACCAAUCCCAGAAUGUAUGCGUUUAUCGAAAAUGGAAUUCGUGGUGGAAUAAGUACGUCUGUAAUGCGUUACGGAACGGCCGAUAAUAAAUAUGUUGAUAUUUCGGAAAUUCCCGAAGGCAUCAUAAAUUUAAUGCGUGAUCUAAAUUUAAAAAUCAGAAAGGAUCCAACCGAUAUUCACGAAAAGGUUUUAGAAUUUGAGAAUGAUGUCUGUAAAUUUUUAUGGGAUUAUAGUCAGGAGGACGACGAUAAAAUAAUGAGAUACAUCGAAAAGAAUCUGACGCGAUGGGUAACAUGUCUUAGCGAUCAUGGAAAGGAGGACGGCUCUGUAUUCAUUCCAUACUUGGACGCAAAUGGUUUGUAUUCUUACGUCAUGACACAACCGUUACCCUGCGCCGACUUUAAAUGGAUGUCGGAAGAAGAAAAGGAAAAAUGGGAUCGUCUUCCGGAAGGAAAAGGUUGUUUUUUAAAAGUGGACUUGGAAUAUCCGAAGGAACUUCACGAUCUUCAUAACGAUUGCCCACUUGCUCCGGAAAGGAUACUAACGGGAAGCGGUGGUAUGAAACUAGCACCUAAUUUAAACGAUAAGAAAAAGUAUGUUCUUCACGUGAGAAAUUUAAAAUAUUAUUUGGAACACGGAAUGAAACUGUUGAAAAUUCACGAGGGUGUUAUGUUUUCGGAACGAUCGUGGUUAGCCGAGUAUAUUCACAUGAAUAUCGAACUUCGUAAAAAAGCAACGACAGAUUUCAAGAAAGAUUUUUACAAGUUGAUGUGUAACGCUAUUUUUGGAAAGACGAUGGAGAACGUAAGAAACCGUACGGAUAUUCAACUGGUCAACGAUGAAAAGGAAUGGAAUAAGUUGGCAAGGAAAUGGAAUUUUGAAAAAGCGACGAUAUUUUCGGAAGAUCUGGUAGCGGCUAGGAUGGCAAGGAAAAAUAUUUUUUUAAAUAAGCCUAUUUACGUGGGAGCCACAGUUUUAGAUCUGAGUAAGAUUCACAUGUAUAAAUUUUUCUACGAUUAUUUAAAACCUAAAUUUGGUAAAAACGUAAAGCUUAUGUAUACGGACACGGAUUCGUUCAUCUUGCACGUGAAAACCAACGACUUUUUCAAAGAUAUUUCAAACGACGUGAACGAAUGGUUUGAUACGAGUAACUUUCCGAAAUCUCAUCCAUCGAAAAUUCCAUGUGGAAAAAACAAAAAGGUUCUGGGAAAGAUGAAAUUUGAAACGGAGUCAACCCAGAUCGUUGGGAUGGUUGCACUACGUGCAAAAUUAUAUGCUUAUAAAUUAGAAGAUGGUAAGGAAGGAAAGAGGGCAAAGGGAAUUAAGAAAGCAGUGAUCAAGAGAACGAUGAACUACGACGACUUUAAAGACUGUCUUUUCACAGGAGAAAAACAGCAUCGCGAAAUGGAUGUGAUUCAAAGUUACGACCAUUAUAUUCGUACGGAGAGGAUUACAAAAGUAGCGUUAUCAUCCGACGACGAUAAGCGUCAUAUUUGUAAGGAUGGAAUUUAUACGCUAGCACAUGGACAUAAGCGUAUCAUGUAUUAGUCUUGGUAACAACUUUCAAUAAAAUUUAAGACCGUUCUUAAAUUUCUUACAAGUCAAUCUUAGUAACAACUUUCAAUAAAAUUUAAGAUUGUUCUUAAAUUUCUUACAAGUCAAUCUUGGUAACAACUUUCAAUAAAAUUUAAGAUUGAUCCGGAAGAUCUCGCGAGUAAAAUUCAAGUCAAUUUUAAGUUCGUCCUACAGUUUUCUUUCAAAUUUUUUUUUUUAUACAAUAAAUAAAAUGACAGAACCAACAGAUAUUUUAGAACAGGUAGAACCAAACGCCAGCAUUGAAACUCUGGAAAAAACCAUGAACUUACAUCGAGUUUAUGAAAAAAAAAGUAAGAUGGAAAGGACGAGUGAAUUAUGCCAGGAAAUUAUGCUUUAUUUUGGAGGAGCAGUAUUCGGGUUGAUAUUCGGGGGAUAAUAACAUUGAAAGAUAAUCAUGUAGAAAAAGAAGAAGAAGAUUCUCCAAGACAAAUUUUUAAUUUCAUACAGAUCAUCAAUCUUGAUUCACGGUCUCAACAAGAUUAG